GGGACAUCACUGUAGGUCUUGUGACUGGGUUUGCUGCGCGGAAAGUCUGCGAAAAAAAUAAAGUGAAAUCUGGUUGAAGUACUGUGCAGAACCUCGUAAAAAAUGUCGUCCAAGGAUCGUAUUCCUAUUUUCCCUUCUCGUGGUGCUCAGAUGCAAAUGAAGGCCCGGUUGGCUGGUGCCCACAAGGGGCACGGAUUGCUGAAGAAAAAGGCCGAUGCACUUCAGAUGCGUUUCCGUAUGAUCCUCAGCAAAAUUAUUGAGACCAAAACGUUGAUGGGCGAAGUAAUGAAGGAAGCUGCCUUCUCUCUAGCAGAAGCAAAAUUUGCAUCAGGUGAUUUCAAUCAGGUUGUCCUGCAGAACGUCACCAAAGCCCAGAUUAAGAUACGUACUAAGAAAGAUAAUGUGGCCGGAGUGACGCUCCCUGUAUUUGAGUCGUAUCAAGACGGAUCGGAUACUUACGAACUUACCGGAUUGGCCAAGGGAGGACAGCAGUUGCAGAAACUGAAGAAAAACUAUCAGAGCGCUGUGAAACUUUUGGUGGAGCUGGCAUCGCUGCAAACUUCAUUCGUAACAUUGGAUGAAGUGAUUAAAAUUACGAACCGGCGUGUAAAUGCCAUCGAACAUGUCAUCAUUCCAAGAAUUGAUCGUACCCUGGCGUACAUUAUUUCUGAGCUUGACGAGCUUGAGCGUGAAGAAUUUUAUCGUCUUAAGAAGAUUCAAGAUAAAAAACGUAUUGCCAAGAAAAAGGCUGAAGAGACACGUGCAGCACUGUUGCAGGAAGGAAUCGACGUCCGUAACCAGGCCAACAUACUGGACGAAGGGGACGACGACAUUCUUUUUUAAAAAUGAAAUGUAUCUUCAGAGUCAUCAAACGCUUUCUCCGUUUAAUAUGAACAUGUUUUUAUGUCACAGGAUGUAUGUUGAUGGGAGAAUCUUGUUCCGCCAUCUUUUCGUUAUUAUUUUAAAAUUGUUAAAGGUCUUUAUAUUCUUUGCAUGGCGAUAGUUUUAAAAUAUGUAUGUAUGUAUACUUAUCGGAUGAUAAUGGCCCAAGAAAAAUGCACAUGGUUCAACAGGAUCCGGGUCCAUCGAUAUGAAGAGAAAUAAGCUACAAUCGCAGUAAAGAAAAGUUAUACACAAGGGA